AGAAACCAAUAACAUUUUAGGCGGGCUAAAGGCGCUGCCUCGAGUCGCAUUUUACGUCAGUGAGACGUGAAGAAGCGGACAUGCGCAGAGCGCUCUAAGAAAGAACAUGGCGUUCAAAACAGUAGCUUGAUUAGCAUGUACGUGUGACUAUCAGUCGUCUGGUCCACAUACCUCACUCAAGUUUACUCUACUGUUGCACGACACGUGGUCUGUAAGAUGUCUAACUCUACCUGGUCCCAACAAAUACUCCAGCUCCUCCGCAGAAUGAAUAACUUUUGUUUACCAGGCUCCUGUCGUUCUGAAUGCUUGAAGUUUGAGGUUAACGGAGCACAGGUGGGCUGGGUAACUCCACGCGUAGCGUCGGUGUUGACACAGUACCCGGAAGUGUUCUGUCCUCCGCGCGGGGGCGCGCUUUCGCUGUGCCCGAGCUGGGACUCGAACGUGAAGAGGACCGCGGCCGUGGACUCGGUCCUGCGAACAGAGAGACAGGAGGGCUACCUGACGUGUCUGAAAGGGUGGAGGGACGAGAAUUACAGUGUGAUGCCAAAAUUCUCCGACCCUCCUUUGAUGUGGAUGGAGAGAGCAGCUACAAGUCUCUUUGGAGUGAAGCGGUACGGAGUCCAUGUCAACGGCUACACCAUUGGGUAGAGCGGGGAAGUUGACAUGUGGCUCGCUCGACGCUCCCUCACUAAGCAGACAUACCCCGGACUUCUGGACAAUGUGGCAGCAGGUGGUAUCGCUGCUGGUGUUGGCAUCAAAACCACUCUGGUCAAAGAAUGUCAGGAGGAAGCCUGUAUCCCAGCAACCAUUGCAGAAAAGGCUUUUCCUGUGACCAACGUAAGUUACACCUACGAGGACGAGGACGGGGUGUUCGCAGAAAGUCAGUUUGUCUUUGAUUUGGAACUUCCUCGGGACUUCAAGCCUCGAGCAGGUGAUGGAGAGGUCCAAGACUUCUACCUACUGCCCCUAGAUAAGGUGAAGGAACUGCUGGCCACUGAUGACUUCAAACCCAACUCUGCCAUGGUGGUCUUGGACUUCCUCAUCAGACACUCGUUUAUUGACCCAGACACAGAGCCAUGCUAUCAGGAAUUUGUGGCAGGCCUCCACCAGACAUUAUAGAGUGCACCUGAGGACUAGUCCCACUCUCAUUUAUUGACGAAGCAUUCAUUUUUAAAUUUUCCAUGCUGAGAGCCCAAACUCAGGGGUUCCUAAAAAUAUGAAUUGGGGAGGGUGAAAAAAACAUUUUGGGAUGAAACUUGAGAGAGAAAUACCUUGCUAGAGUUUUUAUUAAACCUCUAACAACAUAAACACUACAGCACGCUCACAUUUAACCAACUAGCUAACGUUUCAGUACACACCAGCUCACCAGUCAGCAGCCUGAUGAUUAUCAAUUAAAGCUGCAGUGGCAUUUUGGGGACGCCUAACAGGUUGCCACAGAAGUCACAGCGCCCCCGGAACCCGCCGACCCCCCUGCCACGAGUUGCCACUGCCACAUGGAGGAUCUCAACUCUGCUAGAUUUAUUUGCCGUUGUACUGUUAAAAAAUCGUUGUUUGCCAAUCCGACCGGCGAACGGUACGGCCGACUGUUCGCUGACUGACGGUGACGGCUGUCACCAGGCGCACGCACUAGGCGGCCCAGCAGGCCAUGUGUGGCCGCAAGUUGGACAUAUGUGCUUUACAACAGUGAUGGAGAAUAUUACUAAAGCCACUGUAUGCAGAGCCGUGCGAAAAGUGAACCCUGUGAGUUAUUAAAAAGGAAAGAGUUCCACAGGAUGUACCUGAAUAAAAUACAUUAGAGGUUCAAUGUACCAGUUUUUACCAGCGAUAUUAUUCUUGUGAUUAGUGUAUUCUUGUGUAUUCCAAGUCUGUGUGUACUGCAUUCUAACAGUGUAAAAGUGUAAUUUUCCCACUCGGAAUUAGUAAAACGUAUGGAUUAUGAUUAGUGUGUACAUUAAAUAUUAACUGACAUCACUAUAUUGGAACUUAUGCAUUGACCCGAGCAGCAGUUUUCUCCCACGUUUCUGUCUUUUGCUGCAGUAGCGUGUUGCUUUGUUUCUAAUUACGCUUCAUACUCUCUGUACGCUUGCAUUAAUAUUUCCAGCUCAAUAGGGGUGACGUAUGGCGACCGAUUGUUUGUGGUCGUUGCCAUGGUAAAUCAUUGUAUCAUGGCUCCAUUCAUGUUGCUUUCAGUGCACGCGCAGAAAUCUGAGUCAACCUACGCCGAGUUGAUUGAACCAAAUUUAAACAGCUGUUCUGAAACCCAACUCAAAGUUUCCAAUCUCAGGGUAAAUCAACUCAGAGUUCAGGGAUAGACUCAGAGUUUGAUGAACCUCCUUUCUGGAAUACUCCCCUGGUGGUCUAAUAGGCUUGUGUUUCCAGGUGUCUGCACCAGACCCACAGAGGCCUAGGAUUUUUAGGUACUAGGUGGGAUUGUGGUGGUUUUAGAAGGGGACUCAUUUGUGCUGUUUAGGCAGUGUGAUUUCUGGUGUGGUGAAAAAGAAGUCCAAGCAUAAGGUUUUCCCAUUCGGCCAAGUACUGGAAUUGAUUCAUUAGUUAGUUGACAGCUGAAUGAAAUCUUGAUGCGUACUGUCUAUCUCCACAAUGCAGUUAAAAUGACCCCCAAAAACCACUUUCCUCCCAGUGAGAAAAAUUAUGAG